GUAAUCCAUUUUAAGUCACAAGGAAAGGAACUCUCCAGGGUGAUUAGUCUAAAACGUAACUGACUCUGUUAAUUGGAUUAUCUGAAAGUGUUAAACGCAGUCAAUUAAACGGGAUAGAAAAAAACGAUAUACAGCAGCACAAAAAGAAGAAAAAGAUACACAAAGUUCAGAGCGGUGACGUGAUAUGUUGCUGUACAGUUCCGAGGAGGAAAGCAUGAACAGGAAAGACUCGACAACAGAUAGAGGUGAAGAGAUGCAGUUACAUGAGAACCAUGCGGUUGAAAACAAGACUGAUAGUGUGCAGUUAAGUCCGAAGUCUGAACAAAUACCUGUCUUUAAGACUACUUCUGUUUGGAACCACGAUGCCAGUGACAGAAAAGCGGACUCCAAUCGACGCUUUGCCUGUGAACACUGCGAGAAAGUCUUCACUGACCCAUCAAACUUGCAACGUCACAUCCGCUCACAACACAUGGGUGCCAGAAGCCACGCCUGUCCUGAAUGCGGGAAAACAUUUGCUACUUCGUCUGGCUUGAAACAACAUCAGCAUAUUCACUCAAGCGUGAAACCGUUUCAAUGCGAAGUUUGCCUGAAAGCGUAUACCCAGUUUUCAAACCUUUGUCGGCAUAAACGAAUGCACGCCGACUGUAGACAGCAGAUCAAAUGCUCUGAUUGUGGACAGGCUUUUUCAACAAUAACAUCUCUUAGUAAGCAUAAGCGAUUUUGCGAGGGUGCUUUGAGGAAUGGCCUCCCUAUGAAUAUCCAAAAUGAGAUGAAAUCAUCUUUGUCUACACCAUUUGGUAUCCCUCCUCCUAGAUCACAGUUUGAUCCUUCUUUAUAUAUGAGACUUUUAGGAAGUAGACCAUCUUAUACAUACCCGUCUGUCGGAAGUGGACUUCCUUUUCCAUUUAGCAAUCCAUUGGAAUCAAUGAAAUAUGUGCAAUCCCCAUAUCUGUCUGGGUCCCUUGAUAUGCCUUUGCGAAACGGACUGAAGGGUGGGCUUUCUUUUGGUGCAGAAAUAAGAAAGUACGAGGAGGAGCACCCAAUUAGAAAGAAGUUGAGGACGAUGCAUGAUAAAAGUGGGAGUGAUGGUGAAUCUGAAUUAAACCAAAGUUCAGAUGCUGAAAGCUCAGCUGAUAUUGAUGACAAAAAAAGACUCAACAGUUUUGACAGUGAUAAAGUUGAACAUGUAUUUAAACCAUCAGUAGUAAGUAGACCCUCAGUUAUUGACUACCAUGGUUCUACAUCCCCAGUGCAGAAAUUGACAACUCAAAAGGACGUAAAAGCCGAUGGUGAAAAGAUCCACAAAACAAUUGUUGAACAACCACUUGAUUUAAGCAGAGCUAAGCACGAGGAGGAAGAAGAAGAAGAUAUAAUUGAUCGUCUCUAUCAUAAACAAAGAUCGUCUACACCUGUGUCGAAAGCAAGGCCUCUGAAAGUUUCCCCAAAACCAACACAGCUUGUAUCGCCUAAACCAACAAAAUUAGUUUCACCAAUCCCAACAAAGGUUCAGCCUCCAAUGCCGUCAAGUUUUUCUACAGAAUGCCGAGACCACAUUGAUAGACUACUUGCAGAAUCCGGAACACUGGCCGCAUUUCCAAGGAUGCCUUUCUUUGGAAGCGGUUACUCUCUACCAUUCGUGAAUCCAUACACGUUGCAUCUACAGCAAAGUCAUUUGUCUCCCCUUGCUGGCAUACAAAACAUCCCGCACUACGCAAAUUUCAAUGAUUAUGCUGCCAUGCAUAUGUCACCAAUGAUGCACAAAUCACGUGAUCGAUACAGCUGCAAAUUUUGCGGGAAAGUAUUUCCACGAAGUGCAAACUUAACUCGACAUCUUAGAACACAUACUGGUGAACAACCCUACAAAUGUAAAUAUUGUGAACGCUCGUUCUCAAUCUCUUCCAACUUGCAAAGGCACGUGAGAAAUAUCCACAACAAGGAGAAACCUUUUAGAUGUCCGCUGUGUGACAGAUGUUUCGGACAGCAGACAAACCUUGAUAGACAUAUAAAAAAGCAUGAAACGCAAGGUCCAAAUGUCAUAGACUCACCAACACACGAAUCUGAAAGUGAUUUUGAGCUGGAUGACGUCUUCGAAGCAGGGACUGGAAAUAAUGACAGUGAAAUUAAUGAUGAUGACGACGAUGAAGAAAUUGAUGUCUCGGAAAAUGAUGACUUUGAUCAAAGUAGCAUUUCACCAGUGAUAUCAUAUGAAAGUCGAAAUCUUGAUUAUAAACCAAUCCCUCAUUCAACUGAAGAAAAUGUGCAAUCUCAAAGUGAUGAAAAUGUAGACAAUAAAAUGUAUGUACCCAAGAGUGAGGAAAAUACACCAAGAACUUUUCAACAGUCAUGUAUUCCAAAUAUUAAUGUCCCUGUGUAUCAGCAAGGCCAGUUAUUAUGUUCAACAUAAUUAUAAACGGGUGAUUAAACUUGUAUCAUCAUGCAAUAGAAUGACAAAUAUUUGCUGAUUGUAAAGUGAGAAGUAUGUAAUUAAUUAUUUAAAUAUCUUUCUUCAACGAUGUAACAUUUCACAAGUGACUGAUCAUAUAUUUCCUGAUCUUAAUCCUUUUGGGAGUUAUUGUCUCUUUGUAUUUUAAUCAGAGAAAAACAAAUUUAAAUAAUAGAUAUUUUGUAUCCAUAUAUUUUUAUCAUUGUAAAUAAAUCAUAUAUUAUUUAUGCACUGUCCGUGCCUUUUACUAUGUUUUUGUUCUAGAUGUGUUCUAAGUAAUGUAUUUAAUGUUGAAUGUUCAAGAAUAUAUUCAUUAGUUUGUAUUAAAAUAUUUCACGCUUACAAUUUCAUUUCACAUAUUAAAGAACGCGUUUAAUUAUCUAAAUUGAACAGUUUUAGAAAAUAUUACAUUAUGCCUUAAGGGCUGAUAUGAACAAUUGUACUGGAAUUUUUAAUAGGACAAAUGAAUGUAUCAUCAACUGCCCUUCUUUAUUUAUCCUAAAUCUAUUUGAACCUUACAUAAUAUAAUGUCUUUAUUUUUA